AUGUCUGUAAUAGGUGAACGAGUUGUUAUACCUUAUCAAGAACAACUCUCGGACCCACUGGCCUUUGAUUUCGGUGCAUUCUUCAGUGACCUUCUGGUUAGAUCAGUCAAUGGCAUAUUGGAUUACAUUCUCGGACCAGUAGAAGAGAAGAAGGUGGAAGAGGGCAUGGCUGAAGAGCAGGAAAGUGAGGAGCAGGAGGAGGAAGAGAAGAUAGAAAAUGGGGUUGAGGAGCUGGAGGAAAUGAAGGAGGAAUAUAUUGAGGAGGGGAGCGAUCAGAAAGAACAGGGGCAGCAGAAGGAAGAGGAGGGGCGGGAAGAUAUUGAGGAGCAUCAAAAAGAGGAGCAGAUGGAUGAUGAGGAAGGGCAGGGAGCACAGGAGUACGAUGGCUGCAUUGAGGAGCAGCAAAAGGAAGAGAAGAAAGAGCAGGCUGAUAUUGAGGAGGAGCAUCAAGAAGAGAUUCAGGAAGAUGUUGAAGAGGGGCAGAUGGAAAAGAAGGAGAAAGAUUUCGUUGAGGGGCAGCCGGAAAAGGGGCUGGACUAUAGCAUUGAGGUGCAGCAGAGGGAAGAGGGGGAGGAGCAGAAAGAUAAGGAGGGGCAGCGCGAAGAGAAGCAAGGAUACAAUAUUGAAGAGGGGCAGUGGAAAGAAGUGGGAAGCAUUGAAGAGCUGCAGACGGAAAAGGUUGAGGACGUUGAGGAGAAGCGGGAACAGGAGCAGGGAAAUGCUGAUGAACAAAAGAAAGAGAAGGUAGACACGGAAGAUCAGCAGCAACUUAAGGUUGAUGUUUCUGUGGAGGAGAUGAAUGUCCAGGUGAACGUUGAGGAACAGAAGGAAGAGUUAGAAGAGGAGCAGAUGGAGGAAGAUGAUCAAGAUGCAGGUCAGAAUGUAGAAGGGGAGUACCACCAGCAGGAGGAGGUAGAAGGGGAGUACCACCAGCAGGAGGAGGUAGAAGGGGAGUACCACCAGCAGGAGGAGGUAGAAGGGGAGUACCACCAGCAGGAGGAGGUAGAAGGGGAGUACCACCAGCAGGAGGAGGUAGAAGGGGAGUACCACCAGCAGGAGGAGGUAGAAGGGGAGUACCACCAGCAGGAGGUGGUAGAAGGGGAGUACCACCAGCAGGAGGAGGUAGAAGGGGAGUACCACCAGCAGGAGGAGGUAGAAGGGGAGUACCACCAGCAGGAGGAGGUAGAAGGGGAGUACCACCAGCAGGAGGAGGUAGAAGGAGAGUAUCACCAGCAGGAGGUAGAAGGGGAGCAGCAAGUUGAGCAGGAGAGAGGGGUACGUCGGGAGAAGCUGGAUUUAGAUGAGCAAGAGGAGGUGAUGGAAAAUGAAGUAAAAAGGGAGAUGUGGAAUCCGAAGGGGAUGGAUAAGAAGCAGAAUGGACUAGAAAAGAAGGAAUGGGUAAAUGAUUUUCAAACAGAUCUGGAUUCAUCAGUCAAAAGUGAUGAACAUAGGAGGGGUCGGAAAUGGUGGAGAAAACUAUUUUGUUGUUUGGGCUAGAAUAAUAUGUCGAUAAUAAUGCCUGAUAUGUAAAUAAAUGUAAAUAUUGUAAAUA